UCAACGGUCAUUCCUCUCUCUCUCUCUCUCUCUCACUCCGUUUCGCACUCGAUGUGGAGAAUGGAUCAUCCAUCCCCAUCUCGCCGGACCCGCACCAGCAAAACCCCUAAUAAAUCGGAACUCUACUCUACUGUCGUAAUUCACAACUCAGACUCCGACUCUGAACCCGAAUCCAAAUCCAAAACCGACGACAACAACAUCUACGCUACAAUGCUCUAUAAAGGAGGGGGAGAAAACAACAGCAAAGACGACGACGUAGACGUAGAAGAAGAAGACGAAGAAUCUCUUCCUCCUCUCCUCAAACGCCUUCCAAAAGACUUUGGCGGUGGCGACGACGACGACGACGCUGAUUUCGGCACUAUGAUCGUCAAAGCCAGCCGCGGACGCCACCAGAACCAGUCAUGGUCGUCGUCAUCCUCGGUUGCCCCUCCAAGGAAGCCUUAUAGCGCUCCUUUCACGGAAUUUGAAAGCCGAAUCAAUGAUAUUGGAGAUAAUAGUGACGGGGAUGAUGAUGGGAGAGGGGAGUUUGGGACAUUUUUGGUGAAAUCGACGGUGGUGAGGAGGAGCGGGAGUGGUGGUGGUGGAUCAACGAUGGGGAAGGCGGUGGCAAGUAUGCAGGCGUCCGGGGAGCUAGGGUUUGGAAAGGAGCGGAAAGGGAGUGGGUUGCUAGGAGAGGAGGGUAAACAACACCAGCAGAAGCAAAGCAAAAUGUCUUCGAGUUCGAUUCCAGAGAGUGUUACUAGAGAGGAUCCCACUACUAAGUAUGAAUUGCUUAAUGAACUAGGGAAGGGGUCUUACGGGGCUGUUUACAAGGCUAGGGAUUUACGAAGUUCAGAGCUUGUUGCUAUCAAAGUCAUAUCAUUGACCGAAGGAGAGGAGGGAUAUGAAGAAAUUCGCGGUGAAAUUGAGAUGUUGCAACAAUGCAGUCAUCCAAAUGUUGUUCGAUAUCUUGGGAGCUAUCAAGGUGAAGAAUAUCUUUGGAUUGUUAUGGAGUACUGUGGGGGUGGAAGUGUUUCUGACUUGAUGAAUGUUGCUGAGGAACCUUUGGAAGAGUAUCAAAUAGCAUACAUAUGUAGAGAAGCUUUGAAGGGCCUUGCUUAUCUGCAUUCAAUUUUCAAGGUCCAUAGAGACAUUAAGGGUGGUAAUAUUUUGUUAACUGAACAAGGUGAAGUCAAGUUGGGUGAUUUUGGGGUUGCUGCACAGCUUACAAGGACCAUGUCAAAGCGUAAUACGUUUAUUGGCACUCCACAUUGGAUGGCUCCAGAAGUUAUCCAAGAAAGUCGAUACGAUGGGAAGGUGGAUGUAUGGGCUCUUGGUGUUUCUGCUAUUGAAAUGGCAGAGGGACUUCCCCCAAGAUCCACGGUGCAUCCUAUGAGGGUUUUGUUCAUGAUAUCCAUUGAGCCAGCCCCGAUGCUUGAGGAUAAAGAAAAAUGGUCUCUUGUCUUCCAUGAUUUUGUGGCGAAGUGCCUUACAAAGGAACCACGCUCACGUCCAAUGGCAUCUGAGAUGCUGAAGCACAAAUUUAUUGAUAGAUGCAAAGUUGGAGCCUCUGCAAUGUUGCCAAAGAUUGAAAAGGCCAGGCAAAUUAGGACUGCAAUGUCUCUGCAGGCGCAAAAUCUUGCUCCAGCUGAAUCAGAACCAACUGAAGGUCCACAACUGAAUGAGGUUUAUGGAGACACUGUUCCGUCAAAUCGACUUCCUAUGGUAAAUGAAGUGCAUAGCUCUUCAGAUGGUGUCGAUAUGGCCGGAGGUGACUAUGGGACUUUUGUAGUUCAUGGUGGAGAGGAAACAGAUAAGACAGGCUUACAGACUGCAUUAUAUGAUGCGGGGGGGAUCUUACAAGACCACCCAGGAAACAUAGAAGGCCUUUCAGUUAGUGGCACAGGAGGCAAAUCUGCUGACCCCUGGUUGGAUAAUGCAACAGGGGUUGCUGCAAACAAUCCUUUGGUUGGAGAAUCGCUUCCUGCAUUGCAGACAAUACAGACAUCUACUCCUGAAGUUUCUGGCUAUUCUGAGCAGAAUCUCAAGAAAAAUACCGUAUCUAAAGUACACGUUGAAGGUGGCGGCGGCCUGGGCAGUUCCACUUUGAAGAAUGAAACAGUCAGCAGAAAAGCAUUUGCAUUGCAAGAUAAGCUUUGGUCCAUAUAUGCAGCAGGUAAUACUGUGCCCAUUCCAUUUUUGCGGGCAACAGACAUAUCCCCCAUUGCUCUCUUAUCAGACAAUGUGCUUGGAGGCAUCCAGUGUGAUAAUAGUGGAACUGUAGCAGCAGAAGCACUUCAGGAGCUUUUUUCUGGUGAUGGACCAUCUAAAAAGGGCCGAAGGAUACAAAACGAGAUGCCACUUCCUCCAGGUGUUUACCAAAGACUGACUUCAAGUUCUACGCUGCUGAAUCUGGCGCAGGCUUUAGCCUACCACAAAAUGUGCUAUGAAGAGAUGCCACUCCAAGAGUUGCAAGCAACGCAAGAGAAACAAACCAUUCAAAAUCUUUGUGAUACUCUUCGAACUAUCCUCCGACUCUAGACAAGUCGCAUGUAUGUAAAUGAGUGCUUUUUCUUCCCCAUUCAUCUGCCCCUUGCUCUUUUUAAGCAAUGCUGUGAUUUGUUUGUAAUUCUCUUAAGAGGCAAAAAUUCGGGUGUCAGAGGGGACAGUUUUGUGCUUUUAUUUUUUUAUCUGCUGCCACUGUAUAUUACAUGGUUAAUAGGUAGAAAAAUAAGUUAGUAUAUUUUCUCA